AGCAGCUUACCAAAUUCCAAGAAAUGCUCAUGUUACUAUCAUAUGCUUGAUAAGAUUCUUAUUCCAAACACCAUUAUAUUUCCUUCAUUUUCCUUAUAAGUUACAUUACUAGAGUCAUUUUUAUUAUUGCCCCAUCAAGAAAAUAUAGAGUUUCCUUUCAAGAAAAUAAAGAACAAAAGCAAUGCCUACUUCUUCAAAAUCUAACCAUUUUCGAUCGAUUAGUUUGCCUGGAAGAUCACAAUCUAACCAUGUUAGAUCGAUAUGUUUGCCUGGAACGUCGUAUCAAACUACUGAACGAGUUAAACAGGCGAUCAAUGAUCUACAAAAGUUGGAAAUAUCAACUGCGUCAACAGCAGAGAUUAUGUACAAUGGUUUACUUGGUGUAGAGGAGUUAUAUAAGUGCAUGAAUGAGUUACUUAACUUGCCUCAAACACUUCAAGCAUUUUCCCAAUAUCGACUUGGGAAAAUGGUUGAAAAUUUAUUGGAUAAAUCCGUCAGGCUUCUUGAUCUUUGUGGAACAACAAGGGAACUUGUUUCACAAUAUAAAGAAAAUGUAAGAGACCUUCAAUCGUCACUCAAAAGGAGGAAAAAAGAUUCAACAACAGAAACCAGCAUAGCCAAAUUCACCUCUUUUAGUCAGAAGAUUAAGAAGGAAGCAAAAAGAUUAGUCUUGGUAUUAAAGCAAAUGGAUCAAGAAGCCGAGGGUGGAUUUGUACCAAAAGAUGCUGAUCAGGACACAGUAGAUAUGAUUAAAACACUAAAGGAAGCUAAUGCAAUGCGCAUUUCUAUUUUCCAAAUGUUCUUGUCUUUCUUGUCUGUGCCACUUUUGAAGCCAAAGUUAUCUAAAUGGUCAUUGGUUUCAAGAUUGGUAAAUAAGGGAAGAUUAGCAUGUGAAGUUCAAGAAGAGAAAAUGAACUUGGAAACUAGGUUGGAAUCAUUUGAGGGUCAUCUUGACAACUUUGAAAAUGGAUUGGAAGGAAUAUAUAGGUGCAUGAGUAGAUCAAGAAGCUCUCUCUUGAAUAUUUUGAAGGAACUUGGAUUCAGUACGCCGAUGUGGUUCAACUUGGAAUUAUGUAGAGAGAAAAAAGAGACGGCCGUUGAAAAACUACUCGGAGAGUUAUGUCUCUUCAGAAAAAGUCCUAAUGUUAGAGCUCCUUAUUAUAUAGGUAGACAUUCUUUUUCUUAAAUUUUUUUUUUUAAAAAAAACGCCCUCUCCCUCUUUCUGCAAAAAGUCUCUUCUUCCUAUGUACUUCAGUAAUUCUAAGAAGAGAAGAACGACGCGAUCUUCUACGAGACAUUUGGAACGAUCUUCUUUAUAGGUACGAUCAUAAACUGUUAACUUAUGCAGUGUAAUAUGUGUUUUGAAGCAUGUGGUUGCACUAUUUGAGUAGUGAAAUAAAUACGGUAAAUCUUGGGAAA